AUGGACAACAACAACAAUAACAAGAUGGAUAACAACAAAAAUGACAUGGGAGAAGACAUUGCGAAUCCCUCCCAAGGGGAUAUCGGACGAGAGACUCCAAAUAUUGCUCCUGGUGGAGCAGACUUGGGAGGCAUCACGAUUAUUGGCGGAAAUG